GAACCGCUGAGGAAUGAGUUGAGCAAUUUGGAGGCCGAGGCGCAGAUCAAUAAGAAUCAGGCCAUUGAGACGGACUCUAUUGUCGCUCAGUUAGAGAAGAGUAUCGCCGCCUAUAAGGAAGAGUACGCCAAUCUUGUGAGUCAGGCGCAGGCCAUCAAAGCGGACUUGGCUUCAGUUCAGUCCAAAGUGGACCGAAGUAUUGCACUCCUCAAGAGUUUGAGUAAUGAAAGAGAGAGAUGGGAACAGUCGAGCGAAACGUUCAAAAGUCAAAUGCAAACCAUUGCGGGCGAUGUUUUGCUUUCAUCGGCAUUCCUCGCAUACGCCGGUUAUUUCGACCAACAAUACCGACAAAAUCUGUUCAACAGCUGGUGCUCUCACUUACAACAGGUGAACAUUCUGUUCCGUUCAGAUUUGGCGCGAACCGAGUACUUGUCCAGCGCUGACGAGCGGCUCCGAUGGCAGGCAAACAAUUUGCCGACCGAUGACUUGUGUACAGAAAACGCCAUUAUGUUGAAGCGAUUCAAUCGAUAUCCACUGAUUAUAGACCCGUCAGGACAGGCGACCAAAUAUUUAUUAAGCGAAUACGAGAGCAAACGUAUCACAAAAACCAGUUUUCUUGACGACUCGUUCCGCAAAAAUCUUGAAAGUGCUCUCCGUUUUGGUAAUCCAUUACUGGUUCAGGACGUCGAGAGUUAUGAUCCCAUAUUGAAUCCAGUGUUGAAUAGAGAGGUCCGAAAGACUGGCGGAAGAGUUCUCAUCACUUUAGGCGAUCAGGACAUCGAUCUUUCGCCCUCUUUCUGCAUAUUCUUGUCGACAAGAGACCCAACGGUUGAGUUUCCGCCUGAUAUCUGUUCGCGCGUGACUUUUGUCAACUUUACGGUCACCCGAAGUAGCCUUCAGUCUCAAUGUCUGAAUCAAGUGUUGAAAGUGGAGCGACCGGACAUCGACGAGAAGCGUUCAGAUUUGCUGAAACUUCAGGGAGAGUUCCACGUGAAGCUCCGGCAGUUGGAAAAGUCAUUACUACAGGCGCUGAACGACGUGAAGGGACGCAUAUUAGACGACGACUCCAUUAUCAGCACUUUGGAGAAACUGAAGAACGACGCCGCGGACAUCUCCAAGAAGGUCGAGGAGACCGACAAAGUGAUGGCCGAAGUGGACACUGUUUCGCAACAAUAUAUGCCGUUAUCCCAGGCCUGCAGUUCUAUGUACUUCACGUUAGAGGGUCUAAAUCAGGUCCACUUUCUCUAUCAAUAUUCGCUGCACUUCUUUCUGGACAUAUAUCACGACGUUUUGACUAACAAUCCGUUACUCAAUAACAUGACUGAACCCAACGCUCGACUUUCAGCCAUAACUCACACACUCUUUGAGGUUGUCUACCAGAGAGUGACGCGAGGAAUGCUUCACGAGGAUUGGCUGGUCUUCGCACUCUUGUUGUGCAAAAUUUAUUUACGAAUAUUUUCCAAUGAACUCAAUUUUGAAGCCGAAUUCAAUCAUCUGAUGCGCGGUCGCGAAGGUAUUCUUCCCGGACAGCCAACCAUUCAUGUGGAAGGACUCAAUUCAGACCAAUUGGAAGGCGCGACCGCACUUUCAAAGCUGGUCUCAUUCAAAAAACUUCAGGAAAAAUUGAAUGCUUUGAAAGACUUCGAUGGAUGGGUUGAAAACAGUUCUCCAGAAUCGUCUGUCCCGCAGCUCUGGGAAGAGUCCAAACAACUCACACCUAUCGGCACAGCUAUGCAUCAACUAUUGGUUAUACAAGCGUUUAGACCCGAUAGAGUCAUAUCAAUGGCCAAUCAAGUGAUUCACACAAUACUCGGCACUGAUUUCUUACACGCGGCCGAAGCGGAGCUCAAUUUGGGAGCGAUUAUUGAGAAAGAGGUGAAAGCGUCGACUCCUAUACUCAUGUGUUCUGCUCCCGGAUAUGACGCGAGCGGUCGCGUCGAUGAUCUCGCGGCAGAGCUCAACAGAACAAUCACAUCGAUUGCCAUCGGAUCCGCUGAAGGGUUUAGUCACGCAGAGAAAGCCAUCAAUUCUGCCUCCAAGAGUGGCAAAUGGGUUCUCCUUAAGAACGUUCAUUUGGCGCCUCAAUGGCUGAUCCAACUCGAGAAGAAACUCCAUACACUGCAAACGCAUCCGACAUUCAGGCUAUUCCUGACACUGGAAAUCCAUCCCAAAGUUCCGGUUAAUCUUCUGCGCGCUGGAAGAAUAUUUGUCUUCGAACCGCCGCCAGGAAUCAGAGCCAAUCUGUUGCGAACAUUCAAUACGAUUCCGGCCUCAAGAAUGAUGAAAGCGCCGAAUGAAAGGUCGCGUUUGUAUUUCCUGUUGUCGUGGUUUCACGCCAUCGUUCAGGAAAGGCUGCGUUACUGUCCUCUCGGAUGGUCUAAGAGCUAUGAAUUCAAUGACUCGGAUCUAAGAGUCGCUUGCGAUACACUCGACACGUGGAUCGAUACGGUGGCGAUGGGAAGGACUAAUUUACCCCCAGAGAAGGUUCCCUGGGAUGCGAUCGGCAUUCUCUUCGGUCAAUGCAUAUAUGGCGGCAAAAUUGAUAACGAUUUCGACCAAAGAUUAUUGACGUCUUUCAUCGAUAAGUUAUUUACAGCGAAGAGUUUCGAUCCGGAGUUUGCAUUAGUGUCUGGCGUGGAAUCGUCCGAAAGCGGCAAAUCAUGCAUUUCGAUACCCGAAGGCAUUCUUCGAAGAGAUCAGUUCCUCAAUUGGGUGGAGACUCUUCCCGACCGUCAGAUGCCGUCGUGGUUAGGACUGCCGAACAACGCAGAGAAAGUGCUUUUGACUAAUUCUGGCACUGAGUUGACCGCAAAACUCCUUAAAUUACAACUUCUGGAAGACGACGACGACUUAGUGAUGCAAACGCAAGAGGGAGUGAAAGCCAAACGCCAUUCUUCUGAUGGUAGACCCGCUUGGAUGAGGACUCUGUUGAAUAGCGCCGUCACUUGGCUUCGUGUCAUUCCUAACACUUUGCAGACAAUGAAGAGAACCUCUGAUAACAUUAAAGAACCGCUUUAUAGAUAUUUUGAACGUGAGGUGAAUAUAGCGUCGAAAUUACUUCGAGUUGUAAGACAUGACUUGGAAGACGUGCAGCAGAUCUGUAAGGGCGAGAAGAAGCAGACCAAUCAUCACAGAGAGAUCAUCGCAUGUCUGGCCAAAGGCAUGAUUCCCAGCCAUUGGCGCAAAUAUACAGUUCCGCAGACCUGUACUGUCAUUCAAUGGAUCACUGAUUUCACUGAUAGAGUGAAACAAUUGCAAAAAGUGUCGUCGACUUCGAGUCUCAGUUUGAAGAAUUUGAACAUAUGGUUGGGCGGACUCUUCAAUCCGGAAGCUUACAUAACAGCGACGCGUCAAUUCGUGGCGCAGGCCAAUGGCUGGUCAUUAGAAGAGCUGUUCCUCGAAGUCUUGAUUUCUGAUUCCGACAAGAAGAACGUCUCAGAAGACGGAACCUUUGGAGUGACAGGUCUCAAACUACAGGGCGCUCAGACCAAAAAUAACAGACUCUAUUUGUCGCAAACUAUAUUCACUGAUUUGGCGCUCACUUCUCUUCGUUGGAUUCGCGCAACCCCUGAAUCGAAACAAUCUAACAAAAAGGUGACACUCCCGGUGUAUCUGAACUCGACUCGUGCGGAACUCCUGUUUUCGGUGGACUUGGAAUUGGGAGAGAAUCAAAACGCUUACAGUUUCUACGAAAGAGGCGUCGCAUUCAUGUGUUUGAGUGCAAUCGGAUAAACCCUUUAAUUUACUAUUGAUUAUUGCUUUUUAAUAUUUAAUCUAAAAUUGUUUUAUUUAAUCAUUUUAUAAAAUGUAUUCUUUGUUUCAAUCAAACAUAAUCUGAUUGAAAGGCUUUAAAAGGCUCUUAUUUGGUAUAAAAUCAAAAUAAUUAUUUAUCAAUAAAUCUUUUUUAUCAAUAUUUCUCAUAA